AAGAGGCUAAGCUCAGGGCAGCGGCUUCACUCUGCCGCCGCGCAUGCGCCCGAGUUUUGCGCAUGCGCCUUGCGCAGCAGCCGGCCGGCGGGCUGUGUGGUGAGGUGGGUGGUUCGGCUCGGCUGUCUGCCUGCCGCCCCUAUGGCUGCUGUGUUUCUCGUCACGCUCUACGAAUACUCACCGCUUUUCUACAUCACGGUGGUGUUCGUCUGCUUCCUCGUCACCAGCGGGCUGGUGCUGGGCUGGUUCGGUUUGGGUGUUCCUGUUAUUCUCAGAAACUCAGAAGAAACAGAAUCCAGCACGAGAGUACUGAAAAAGCAGAUGAGACAAGUGAAGAAUCCUUUUGGUUUAGAAAUCUCUCACCCUGACACAGCUUCAGUAACAAAGGGUAUAACACUGACACCUGACUGUCUGGAAGACUGUGUUCUUACGUGCUACUGGGGCUGCAAUGUUCAAAAACUCCAUGAAGCGUUGCAAAAACAUGUCUACUGCUUCAGAAUAAAUACUCCUCAGGCAUUAGAGGAUGCUCUAUACGACGAAUAUCUCUAUCGACAGCAGUACUUCAUCAAAAAGAAUGACAAGGAAGAAAAAUAUUGUCAGUUACCAGAAGAUGCUCAAGUUGUCGAUUUUGGCCCGGUGCCUAGGCUUCGCUAUCCAUUGAUAGCGCUGUUGACAUUAGCUGAUGAAGAAGACAGGGAAAUAUAUGAUAUUAUUUCAAUGGUGGCUGUAAUUCAUGUUCCUGAUGAGAGCUACAGACUUUCCUGCAGAAUAUUAUAUCAGUAUCUACUUCUAGCUCAAGGCCAAUACCAUGAUCUGAAGCAGCUCUUUAUGUCUGCAAAUAGUACUGCCCCAUCUCCGUGUGGUACCUCUCCAGAUGAGAGAAGCACUGACAGAAGCUUGCUGGAAAAGGCUGGACUGGCUGAAGAUGAACCAGAAUUGCAUGAAGAAAACAGUAAAGACUGCGUUGUAUGCCAGAAUGGCACAGUGAACUGGGUACUCCUACCCUGCAGGCACACGUGCUUGUGCGAUGGCUGCAUUAAGUAUUUUCAGCAGUGUCCAAUGUGUAGGCAGUUUGUUCAAGAAUCUUUUCCACUCUGCAGUAAAAAGGAGCAAGAUGAAGAUGAAUCAACGCAGAUCUUGCAAGAUGUUCGUCCUGGAAGAGUUUUUUAAUGGAGACAAAAAUAAAAGAAUUGGGUUGGAUGCACCAAGGUUCAAUGUAGAGAACAGACUGUUGAUGGGAGGAUAUCUAGCAUUAACUUGUACAGUUUUGCUUUUCAUUGCUAGGCAAUUUUCAGCUUCCUUAUAUGUCUCCGCUCCAUAUGCUGACAGGAACACUACAUUUCUCUGUGCAAUGUGGACAGAAGAAGUGCGUAGGAUAUAUUUGAGGGAUGUGAUUAUUUUUAUAGCUUCUUACUAAUUUUUCAUGGAGUACUACUGCAGGCUAUUUUGAUUACUAAAUUUAGCUUAUCUACUUGCAAACAAAACUUGCAAGUGAAGUUGAAACGCACACAGCUUAUUCUGUAUUUAUUAUAUUUAAAAUAUGAGAGCAAUAUAUCAAUUCCAUAUAAUUCAGAAACCUGGCACUUUACAGAGCGUGACAAAUGAAGGAAGGGAUACAUUCUUCAUAGUCAAACCCAUGUAUAUUUAUUUUGUAGACAAGGGCUGUACUGUGACAGGUGCUGGAAGGAGAAGUUGUUGAGGACACUGGGGCUAUUUUGAAAGGAUGUGGGUGUGUGAAGGGCCCGAGCCAAUGCCCAUUGGAAUGAGUGGAAAGGUUUUUGUUGCUGUUUGUUGCCUUGAACCAAACCUUGCUGACACUUUCAAGCCUGAGCUGCUACUACCACAUCAUCUUGCGACAGAUUUUCAAUCUUGCUGGCAAUGGCUGCAAGAACUUGUUCUCCAUACAAAUGCUAGUUAAUUACUCCACAGAGUUACUUGAGCAGUUCCGCUGUGCUAUUCUUACAUGAGUCACCUGCUUGGGGAAUUUCUGAUUCUGUUUCCUUGCGUUGUCAGAUUGGAUGAACAGUUGACCAUUACUUUUUCCUUUAUCAGUAGUCCCAGGACAUUUGCUUACUCUAAUAAAGAAAGAAGCUAAAGAAUUAUUGAAAACUAUUUUUUUUUUCUCUCAGUGGUAUUGUCAAAAGCAAUAAAAACUGCUGUUAAGAAGAGAAAUUGUUGUUUUGCUUGAGAGCCAAAUUCUCCUAAAGAAAGACAGGCUAGUUGCAAAUCUGCUGAUAUAAGACACAAAUGCAGACACUUGCUAGAACCUGUAAAAAUAGGGAGUGCCUGCUCUCUGUCUUUCAUCUUGUUCCCUUGUCCCUUUGCCCCACAUCCAUGUUCAGGAAACCUGCUCAGUCCCAGGGAGAAAAAGCCUUGCUCCAAGCUCUUCAGCUGCACUCUGCUGUGGCUCCUGUAUCAGUGCUGCUCUGGUGCUGAUUUCUGUGUGUCACACACCUCCAAAACAGGGAAGGCAGCUUCCCCUGUUCAAGUUAUUCCAUCUUCAUCUUUCUGUCAUUCCGCUUUUUUGUGUUAGUUUUGCCUUUGAUCUUAUAAAUUCCCGGCAUUUAUCUCUGAGUAAAAGAUUUAGGUGGGCAUGAAAAGGGCAGUGUUUGCUUGUAAAGAUAGAUAGAGGUUGGGAAUUGAUGCACGUGGCCACAGAUUUCCAGCCAAAGAUCCACAGGCUAUUUGUAAGACUGUUUAUCUGGUCUACUUGGAGUGACCUUCCUUACCAGAGAACUCUGGAAUAUGAGGCUGGCCAAAUCAGCCUGCUGUUUGCACUGUGUAUCAAACAGGACUUAAAUACAUAUAUCUGAGAGGACUGAAAAGUGCUUGCAGAGAACGUCCAAAGACAAAUGGUUCUGGUUGGAAAUCAUCAUGGCAAUGAAUGGUGUACGUGAGGCAAUUUGAGAGGCUGAGAACGCUAAGAGGAAUGCAGAGAGUGUAAUAACAGAAGGAACAAUUGCUGGCUGGAGCGCUGGUGGUAGCAAGGCCAUCCCUCAGGUGAGAACACGGUGCAGAUGUGGAGAAACAACAGCGUGAAGCAACUUCAAAAGAACCAGAGCUGCCUGUAUUGAGGGCUUGUGAAGACUCUAAAUACCAUCUGGUGUCUUCACCACUCAGUCUGAGCUGCAAAGGCAUGAGGAUUUGAUAGACAACAUUCCUUGUCUUCUCUUUCACUGUUGGCAGUCUCAACCAUUUGGACGCACAUCUUGCUGCUAGUGAGCGUGCGAACAUGCAGGGAGGGGAGGGUUGAAAUCAGUUUUGAAAAUAAAGAUCACCUUCCCUGUUUCUGUGGUCCUGUGCUGAGUUUUGUUAGCUUGGUUGCUACAUACCUGAUGGAGGAAGGUGGUUGCUGAGUUUAGCCUGUCUGUGUUGCUAACUGUUCUGCGUGGAAUGAGAGCAGCUAAGGUGAUGAUGGUGGAAAUAAUUGUUCUCCAGGCUUCCUUGUAUGCAUGGUGUCACUUGUGAAGUGGAAAGCUGGUACAAGCUGUUCUGUGCCUCUGUGGGCACUCAGAAAUUAGUACAAAGACUUCUCCACAGCUGCCACCAAAGAUCCCAGGCAAUGACAGUAGCUGUUUCCAUAUGAACAAUUUACUCUAUCUGAACUUGGGAUAGAGGCCGUGCAGGUCAUUAGCCCAGAGGAACAGCUUAGUGCUGCACUGCUUCUAACCUGGAGCUGGGCACUGCUUCGUAGUUAGCAGGGACUUGGUUUGUCUUUGUAUAUGAUCAAAGAAAGAGGUGGGUUUGUUUGUUGUUGUUGUUUUUUUUACUACUGUAAAACUACCAGCAGCACCAAUUUAUUAAAGUUUCCCAACAAGACA